UGUGUUUCCAUCUGAAAAAAUAUAAUGUCAAUUGUCAAUCAUGAGAUAUGUUUUUCGGAAUUUUCAUCAAAUAUUUUGAUUGCAUUUGAUGCAAUUUAUAGUAUAAUCCUUUUCAAAAAGAAGUAUAAAGCGAAGUCAUUAUAAAAGAUACAACGUGUAUGUGCUAUGUAAUGGAAAUUUAAACAAUUUAUAGUGGUGUAACCCGCUUACGACCAUGAAAUCCAGCAAAAGAAGGCUCCAGGCCCUUACCGAAGGCUCUGAUGGACUGCCCAAUUACCUGAAAAUGGAGGAUUCUGAAACUUCAAUACCACCAGUUUUCAGAUCUCGUUUACAUGAACUAUUUUCUCAAAUCGAGAAAGAAUUUGACCUUUUGUACACGGAAAACUUGAACCUGCAAGAAAAAAUAGACAUUCUAAGUGAAAAACUGGAACGUGAAAGCUAUGUUGGUGACAAACAGAACUUGGAAUACAUAGAAUUUGAAGCAACUGGCAAGAACUCUAAAGUGAAAUUAACGCAAAGUAACUCCCAAAAAGUAAAAGCAAGCCACAAGUUGAGGGUUCAGACAAGCAAGAUAGUAUCAAGUUUUAAGGCACCAACAUACAACUGCCAGCUGGUGAGGGAGUUCACUGGGCAUAAGGAUGGUAUCUGGGAUGUGACAUCAGCAAGACCAGGGCAAGCUCUGAUUGGAACAGCUUCUGCAGAUCACACAGCAUGCGUGUGGAGUGUAGAAUGGGGCAAGUGUCUUCUGCAAUACACAGGCCAUUCCGGAUCAGUAAAUUCUAUCAGAUUCCAUCCGAGCAGGGACAUUGCUCUCACCAGCAGUGGGGAUAACACUGCCCACGUGUGGCAAGCUGCUGUAAACUGGGACUUGCCCCGAGGCCAAUCAUCAGAAGAGGAAUUGGAAGGCGCUGGCGAAGAGAGCCUGGGUGAUGGUGGAGACAGACCUGAAGUACUCCGUACGCCACUCACAGAGCUGGUUGGCCACCAGGGUGUGGUGGUGGCCGCUGACUGGCUUACCGGCGGCGACCACGUAAUCACAGCUUCAUGGGAUCGAACUGCUAACCUUUAUGAUGUCGAGACUGGCGAUUGCUUGCAGGUUCUUACAGGUCACGACCAUGAGCUAACACACGCAUCCGCUCAUCACAACGCUAGGCUCGUAGUGACGGCGUCCCGAGACACCACCUUCCGCCUGUGGGACUUCCGAGAGCCCAUACACUCAGUCUCGGUAUUUCAAGGACAUACAGAGAGUGUAACGUCAGCGGUGUUCACACGCGAGGACAAAGUGGUGUCGGGGUCGGACGACCGCUCGGUGAAGGUGUGGGACGUGCGCAACAUGCGCUCGGCGCUCGCCACCAUCCGCUCCGACUCCUCCGUCAACCGCGUCGGCGUCAGCGGCGGCGGCCUCAUCGCCAUCCCGCACGACAACCGCCAGGUGCGCCUGUUCGACCUGCAGGGACAGCGCCUCGCCAGGCUGCCCAGGUCCAGCCGACAGGGCCACCGCCGUAUGGUGACGUCAGUGGCAUGGGCCGAAGACAUAUCGUCCAACAUAAAUUUCUUCAGUUGUGGGUUCGACCGCCGUAUUCUUGGCUGGUCUAUUCAACCUUCGAAGGAGAACUGAGCUCUAGAUACAGGUAUCCAUUAUAGAAAUGUGUAUCUAACAUUAACAACCACUUGCGCCGAUAAAUCUUGGCAGAAUUUAAAUAGGUCUAUUCUAAAAAAAAAAUACUAAUUAAAAUAAAUAAUAAUAUAUUAUAAUCAUAAAAAACGAAACCCAUGAAUGAUAACUGCGCUAACUAACCGCUGCUAUCCCAUACCUAUUAUGUUUACUGAUAUUCAAAAACAAUUAUUAUAUAUAUUUUUACUUGUCACUACAAUUUAAACCUUGAUUUUAUAUAAAUUGAGCUCAGUUUUGUAGGCACAAGUGGUAUUAAAAUGUUCUGUGUUGAAAUGUAUGAAGUUAGUAAAUUAGUUGAUAAGAGAUUUUGUCAAAAUUGUCAUUAUUGUGAUUGUUUUUGUGUAUUAAAAGUAUAUAGAAGUGUGGUCGGAAAAUUGUUAACAUAUAAGAAGGGCAUGUGUUUUGUCUUUAUUAAUAAGUAUGAUAACUUAGCCCUACGUAUUAUUUAAAAUUUGAAUAACAUUUGUUCAAUAUUUCAGGAAAAAUCUUAAUGUCAUUGUUGAUCCGUCUUAGAUAUGUUUUCAAUAAAAAUCGCAAACGACGUAUAAACUUUGGCGUGAAUAAGCAAAUGCGUUGAUAAACAGGCGAAUUAAUAAUUGUUUUUUUUUUCUAUAGUAAGGGAUAAGUUAUACAUAAUGUAUAAACUAUUUUUAUGACGUAAUUUACUACAUAGAAAAAAAAUAUUUUUCGUGUGAUUACGGGCUGGUUUAUGGUGAAAAAUACUUUAUGAUUAUAAACAGACUAUGGCUUUUAUCUAUUUAUUGUAAAGAAAUCUUUAUUAUCUUUGGAUUUCUAUUGCAAGACUAUUCUUUAUGACUUGGUGUUUUCGAUUCCAAAAUAUUGCUUCGGUGAACACUGCUUUAAUAUUUAAUUCAAGCACAAAUAGUAGAUAAUUAUUAGAUGGGUUUAAUUAAGUAACGUGCGAAUUGUUGGUUUUUUAUUAGUUUAUUAGCUUUAGAUUGAAUCAACCUAAAACAUCGAUAUAAUUUACUUAUAUCGAUUGCUGAAAUGGCGUAACAUGAUACGCCAUUGAUAAAGUACUGAAUGCGUAUUGGUUGAAUUGUAUAGGAAUAUAAAGAUAAGAACAGAUAUCAUAAUGUCAAGAGGUAUAAAUGCCUCUUAAAAAGUGGAAUUAUUAUCGAUAAAACUUGGACUCUCAUCAUUCUUUUACCUAGUAUAUCAUGGCUCAAAUCGCGUGAUUGCUAACAGCUGUUUUCAGUAAACGAUACCAAUCUCAAUCUUCAAUUCGAUCCCGACAAUGAUCCAAUCACAAUAAUACAUUUGUAAACAUGUCAAAUAAAACUUUGUUCUGGUUGGUAAAUAUUUGGGAUAUAUAAAAAAGGAUUGGGAUUGUUUAUUAAAAAUAGCGGUUAGUAAAUGUAAUAUAAUAUUUUUCCCACCACUAUUAUGGUUUCUAUAGAAUCGUACCCGUUUUGUUAUUAAAUUACAAGUCAUUUAGUACUUUCACUCUUAAAUAAUUCAUAUAAAGUUCAAAAUUACAAUGCAGAAAUUUGUCAAGUACAUAAUUAUUAGGGUUGUUGCUGUCUCCAUAAUGUUAAUGCAAUUGAUCAUCAUCCUAAAAUAUAUUAUUAUGAUUCUAAAUGAAUUAUCUCCCUUUCAUUCGUAACAGUAGUGUGAUAUCAUUACUAGAAUAUUCUUUAUUGUAUCCGAUAGGAAAUUCUAAUGUAAAAUACAUAAUCAAUUAGUGACAACUAUAUUAUUUGUAAAAUAUGUAUUUAAAUAUUCGUACUGUGACCGCUGUAAUAACUAUCCGUAAGCAUUGUUAUUUAAAUGCCUCAAAUUACUUGCAAAUAGCGUAUAAUAUGAAUAAUAAGAAUAUGUCUAUGGUGAUAAAUAAAACAAUAACAUAAAUCGGAACGUAGCAAUCUUUCCAAUAAGGAAAAGUCUAUUACUUAGAUCAACAUAAACUUGGAAUUAAAUAGCUUAGACGGUAAAAUAAAUACGGUAAAAGCUCGAAUAAUAUAUUAUUAUUAUAAACGUAUGAUUAUAACCGAUCCUGCGCAUACAUCGAUAAAAUAGAUUAAAGAAAUGUAGUAUUUAUUAGAGAUGUUAGAGUGGUAUCGCACUAGCGAGGUGUAAACGUGUUUCGAACGAGGCGAAUGAUCACGGCGCUUGUUACGUCGCUGAACUACGCAACGAGGUUGUGUCGUUAAAUCAACAUUUAUUACGCAAGCGCAGCGCCUCAUCACGGUGUCACUAUUUAAUCACUUCGUUAGAAACACGCUCGCAUAUCGCCUUAUUUUUAUUACUUGUAAUGGUCAUUAAGGUUCAAGGUGUGAAAUGGCUUAAGAAGCCUACCCACAUAACCGGGUCGUACCAAGACCGUGUUAUGGACGUAUCAUCGAAAGAUAUACGAUAUGGACUUCUAUGCCCACUAGAUUUUAAUCUAACAAACGUAUCAGCAGAGUAGCUGCCAGUUCUGGCGCUUGCGCACCGGCUUGGCAACAUCACGGGCCAUGCACAGACCGUAGCAGCGCCGGCAAAAUAUUCUUGUCGGCCAUUGUUGACAGUCCGUGCAUGGCACGCGACGGUAUUAGUCGGUGACUAAACGAUCUAGUAAUUGUAGUCUCAUAUUUUUCAUUCUAAAGGAUAGUUUUUCGCCUGAUACCUUCCUAGCACGUUCAUUGUAUGAAACAGUCUUGUGAGCAGAGUGCUCAAAAGGUGAUUUUAAGAAAAUUGGAAACGGACAUAUAAAAUGUAGUUUGACUUUUAAUAGUGUGUGAUUGUCUUUUAACACUUGCGACCCUGAGAUAUAUUCAUUGUAAUAAAUACUGUUUGUAAACAGUUCGAUGAAAUUCAUACAAUGUCUUUAGAAAGUUUAGAAGACGUAACUAUACUAUAUUUUAGCCGUAUUGUUACAUAUCUUUAGACAUAACCGCGGGCAUAAUAUAAUAUAUCUGCAAUACGCCUAGUCAUCCACAAUGUAUCUUUUCUAGACCAAAGAACAAAAUCGUACAGACAAAAUUAUUUUGUUUUUACUUACCCGCUAAUGGCUCUGUACUUACCAUUUUAAGUACGUCACAUAUCAGAUUUGGUAUCAUAAUAAUGAAAAUAAUAACAUUUUAUACGUUAUAUACCCGCACAUUUUUUAACACUAGUGUUUGCAUAUGCGUUAAAUGUGCAUUGGUAUAUAAUAUUGCAAGUUAUUUUUAAAAAUAUGUAUGUAGAUUUAUUUGGUCACAAUUAGGAUAUUGUUCAUAUUGUUCUUGAACAAAUUCUCGCCAAUAACAUAGAUUUUAAGCCAAUGUGAUUGUCUAAAUUAUGAGAAGAAAACAAUAUUUUAGUAAUAGAGACAAACAAUCUUCAAAAACACAGUUUGAAAUCAUGUUUGAAACGCUCUUUGAAGCUAUAGCAAGUUUUUAAAUUUAAAUUACUUGUUCAUACAUCCAAUAUAUGACGAUAUGUAAAUAAACAUUGGCCCUAAAAUGUACAUAAAACUAUCUUAUUUAUAUUAGUUUAACUUGAAGUUUUAUGUUAUUGUAUAAUAUAUGAAUAUGCCUCUGUUAUGUAAAAGAUUGAUCAAAUCAUAAUAAGAUUACAGUCGCUUUAGGUUGGUCAGAUUGAAGUACACAGAAAUCAUCUUGCACACAAUAAUAUCCAAUGUUUUAAAAUACGAAUGUCAUAGUGUAAAUUAAAGUUCUGUUUAGUGUUGCUAUUAUUUUCGAAUAAGCUGUCGAUCAAUAUUUUUGAUGACGUCACAAGGGCAUAAGAGUUUAUUAUUACAAACGACAAGCAUUUUGGGAAUACGACUUCAGGCUGACCACCUAUAGAGCCAUCUUUUUAAUGUAGCAGGCAUGCGGUUAAAAUAAUUACAUAAUUAUAUUUCUGUAACGCCUUUUAAAAAAAAAUAUUGUUGUAGUAAAUUAGUAUUUACUUUUAUCUUGUAUAAUUAAAGAACGCAGUGUAAUAUGUACUCAAAAUAGUUAUUUGUAUCGUAUCAAACAUGUUAUGGAUAUGUCUUAUUGUAAUUAAUAUUAUAAACACUAUCAGUUGUUGGAUAAAUCAUCUAUAAAUGAUCUGAAUAUUUUUGUUAUGCCGAUUGUGGUAUGGAAAUACAUAAUAUAAAAAUAAUAUAUA